UUCAGAAAUAUAACCAAAUAAAAUCAUUUUCCUUUACUCAAAAGCAAAAAAAAAAAAAAAAAAUUCAUCGCAAUAAAACAUUUCUAGAAACAAAGAAUCCAAGAUUCACUUUCCACGUGGCAAAUAAACAAUACGGUCAAACCAGUCAAAGCCACGUCGGAUAUUCUCUAGUCUCCCGCCUUUCUUUAUAAAGAACACAGCAACAAAGAACACAAAAGAUUCAUCUCUGAAAGCUCCAUCUGACCUUUUUCUCCAAAACCUUUGAAACAAAAGAGAGACACAAAAGAGAGCCUAAAAAGAUGUCAAAGAUCAACGCUCUCCGCCGUUGUCUCCUCCCGUGCAUCACACCUCCGACGAAUCCAACCGCCGCAUCAUCCACUACCACCGGAGUCUCCAAGAAACGUCUCAGCACUUCCCUCAGAGACGACAUCGACGUUCAAGACUCAGCUUCCUCCACCGCCUCUUCCUCAGAGGCCACGUCCUUCUCCGCCUCCGUCGGCUCAGGUUACCUCUCCCCCGUCGCGGCGCCGCAGAGACCGUCGAGGACGAUGGUGAUCGGUACGCUUUUCGGGAGGAGAAAGGGACACGUGUGGUUCUGCGUCCAGCACGACCGUCUCUCCGUCAAACCGCUCCUCCUCCUCGAGCUCUCCAUCACGACGAACCAGCUCGUUCACGAGAUGGACUCGGGUCUUGUCCGAGUCGCUCUCGAAUGCCCGACACGAGCGGAGCUAAAGUCUUGCUCGCUGAAAUCAGUUCCGGUUUGGGCGAUGUUCUGCAACGGGAAGAAGUCAGGUUUUGCAGUAAGGAGGAGUGCCAGUGAAGAGACGAGGGUGAUGCUGAAGAGGUUGGAGUCGACCACCGUUGGUGCGGGCGUGUUGCCAUGUGGAUCCGGGGCUGUUGAACCGGAUCUUGAUGAGGUUAUGUAUAUGAGGGCGAGUUAUGAGCAUGUUGUUGGUAGCUCUGACUCGGAGUCUUUCCAUCUCAUUAACCCGGACGCUAACUCGGCUCAAGAACUCAGCAUCUUCUUGCUUAGGACAUCUUCUUAAUUACCUUUUGGAGUAUAAUGAUGAUAACUUAUGAAUGCUUUUCAUCAAGUUUGUUUUCUUUUUCAGAGAUUACCAAACAUUUGUUGCGUAGGGUCUAGUCGUCUAGAGAGGCUUAGUGUUUUGAGUUCUCAAUGAGAGUUUUUGUACGUCGUAUGUAGUACUCUCAUUACACCAUCAUAUGUUGAGAAUCUUGGCAUUGUCACAAGAGUGUAAAAUGAUUUUUGAUCAAGAAACAGAGACAUUUGUCAAACAAGAACAAUACAAAAUUGUAAUGUCAUAUAGUGGGAA